CGCGUCUCGCUUGCGAUUAAUUCACCAUCGAUCGCUUUUGAGUUCAGUGGUAGUAGCUGAUAAGUUGUGUUCUUCUAAUUCCCUGAUCAAAAUGGCCUCGAUUAGAGAUUUUGCCAAGAGAUAUGAAGCUGACUGCAGACACCUCAACCAAUUCUUUUCUGGAAAUGUUUCCCCGAACAAUGCGAGACCGGUCCUGGAGAUCUUCACCGCAAGGAGCAGCCAGGAGAUGAAGCAAAUCUGCAGGGCUUACAGCAGCAUGUAUCGCCAAGAUCUCAUCCAGCUACUGUCGCAGCAGAAGACCACCUUUGCAAGGGUGGCGUGCCUCAGAGCUAGCGAGCCGUGCGUCCGCGACGCAGACAUCGCCAGGGACGCGCUGUUCGGGCGGCGGAUCGACGGCGACGUGCUCGUCGAGGUCGUGUGCACGCGGCCCUCCGGCGAGGUCGCGCUGAUCAGGCAGGCGUACCAGGCCCGGUACAGCGCCAGCCUCGAACGCGACGUCUCGUCGAGGACAAGCGGCAGCCUCAACGAGGUUCUUCUCGCGUUCUUGGGAUCGAGCGGGAGCGGCUACCAUGGCGGCCGGGUGGACGCGACGAUGGCGAUGUGCGACGCCAAGACGCUGUACGAGGCGGUGGAGAUCAGCGCGGCGCGGGUGGACCAGAGGAGCGUCCUGCAGCUGCUGCGCCACCGGAGCGGCGACCAGCUCAGGGCGGUGCUCGCGUCGUACAGGCGGCUGUACGGGCAGGAGCUCGCGCGGGCGCUGAAGAGGAAGGACGGCGACACCAGCGGCGGCGGCGGUGGCCGGCGAGGCGAGUCGUCGUCGUUCCCGGGCAUCCUCCGCGCGGCGCUGCGGUGCGCGCAGCUCCCCGAGAGGCACUUCGCGAGGGCGGUGCGCGCGGCGCUGGAGCGCGGCGAGGGAGGCGCUGGUGCGGACCGUCGUGACGCGCGCGGGCGUCGACGUGCGCCGCGUCAACCAGGCGUUCGCGGCCAAGACCGGGUGGACGCUGGAGAGCGUCGUCCGGAACGAGUUCGGCAGCGGCGGCACCGGGAAGUCGGACGACGGCUUGACCGGCGACUUGCUCGUGGAGUUGCUCAAGUUGGCCUGAGGACAAGAGAUUGAGAUUUUCUGCAGUUACUGUACCGUGCCUUUGUCACUAACAUACGGGUCCGAUGAUCUUCGAGCCCACAUAUCAGUGAUAAAGGCACGGUGCAGUCGACUGCACAUGAUCAUAAUCCGAGGAGAGAUUGAGAUCCUCUACAGUUAUUGCACCGUGUUUUUGUCACUGACAUGAAGUCCACCCUCACUAGCGGGCACCAAGCCUCUUGUCUCUCGAGCCGUCAGAUGAUCGAUCAGCUGCGAGGAUCCAUCACAAUCUUCCAUUCUUCCUGCAUGUAGUGGAGAUUGCAACUGAUACAUCUCACGUUUGUCAAGAGUUAGAUUUGUUACUGUAUUUUGGUGAUAAAUAUAAUGAAAUAAUGAGGCGAAGAAUUAUACUGUUAUGUA